AUGGUCAGCAGACGUGAAAUCUUUGUAGUCAUCAUCAACAGACCUCUUCGCGAUUUCACCCCUGAAGAACGCGCAUUCAACGAUGAAAAGGGAAACUGGAAGAAGUUUUCAAUAGACCUCAGAGAAAGAAGUUUAUUGACGGUGGAUGAAUUCAUCGAUAAACUCUUUCGUGAUGACAUCGAUCAUAGCCCUUGUCGAUCGGUGCAUGGCAUAGGUGGCGAUAUGUACAGAUAUUGUCAAACCUGUGUGGAAGGGCUUAGCGGUCUCGGUUCUCCUUGGCAAUAUUAUCGACUAGGAAGAUUUACUCGUGAUGGCCAAGUAGUCGAACUCCCUGUUGACCAAACCACUCCUGCGCCAACCAACCCCUCGUUGUUGCGGAAUUCAAGCCUUGGACACAGGCAGACACUGUUUCUGUACCCGCUCAGAUCAGUUAACGAAGAGCUAGUCCAUGCUGUGCACAAGAGGUUUAAACCUACCGUGUCACGCGAAUGGAAGCGCAGUGCCCGGGAUAAGAUGCGAGCAAAAAACUCGUAUCUUAGUGGCAGCAUCAUUGGCCGUUCAAAACGGAACCGUCGCAAUCGCCGCCGCCGUGAUGAAAGACUUUAA